CGUCAAAGUGUUGACAGCUUUUGACAAUUGACUGCAGUAAAGUGUGUGUGACCAACUAAACUAAAGGAUAUAAAUAAAUGAUUUAAAUAAUUAGAAAUGCAAGUUUACUUUUAAAUUUAAUAAAUAAAAUACAAAAUAAUUUGUUUAUUUAUAAAAACCUGGAAACUUCAAAAAUAACUGCAAUGUUUAAACAAAGUCCAACAGACAGGCCAGGCCUCCUUGUUGUUGUUAUUAUAUAAAUAAAUUACAUUUUAUAUAGUAAAUGAACUCGUUGUGUUUGUGUAAAUAUUUAAAAAAUAAUAAUAAAUGUAUAUAAGGCAAAAAAAUAAAUAUAUCAAGCAAGUGUAGACAAAAAAAGAAAAAAAAUAACCUUAAAUAAAAUACAUAUGUAUAGUACAAAUGCAAUUACAUUCAAUUGUAAAAAUUUCAACAAACGACUACAAAACCAAAACAACAUUAGUUUGAAAUCAAUGUCCAAUUGUAAAUUAGUGUUAAAGUGCAACACUUCUAGCAGCCAUUAAAUGUUGGUCUUACCAGAUAUACCUACCUAUUCAUAAUUAAAGAAAGACCACGUUGUUUAUACUCAAAAUCAAAAUCAAACUCAUCAUCAUCAUCUUUAUUUUAACAGCAGUUUUGUCUACAGCCUGUCACAAUGUUGCUGCAUUAUUAUACCCACUCACUAUUAUUUUACUUGAGUCUGCCAACCUUUCAAUCAAAUAGGGAUUUAAACAAAAAAUUACAAAGUAUCGACUAUGAAUAUCUGCCUCAAGAAGUGUGUGUGGCUCAAUGUUUGGAGCGCAGAAAGGCGAAUAAUAUAAUAUCACCUACCAUUAAGCAAAUCCAUCGCAGUUCCAGGGAUAUUGCUACAAAUUGGUCUCUAAAAAUUUGUCUCGACAACUGUACAUCAACAAAUGCCACCAAUCAUUCGGAACGAAGCAAACUUCCAUUUCCUAAACAAAUUCAUGAAAACUAUAGUUUAAAUUUGGUUUGCCGUGACGACAGCAGUUUAAAUUUCAACAUUAACCUGUAUACUUCUAACAAAGGUCUCAAAUUAGAUGGAAAUCAAUCAACAGACAUUGAGGCAACAACAUCUUCCUAUAUAGAUGCUGCUGGCAAUUUGAAUGAGCCAAAGAGCAAAGGAUUUGAAACAUUGUUUGUAAUUAAAAUGCACUUGUGGAAUAAUUCGGAUGAAAUUGUCUCCUAUUUGUCGGAUGAGAAUUUCUUUACCCUUGAUAAACUUAUGGCCAAUACCACCUACAAUAUCUCAGUGUUGGCGGUGCAUUCCCAUAAUAAAUAUAGCGUCAUUGCACAGCAGCAGCAAUUUAAGACGUUGGUUCGCAGCUACACACCCGGCAAUGUGACUGAGAUAAAAAUAACACAUUUCACUGAGGAUAAAAUGAACAAGAUGCAUUUAACAGCGUCUAUGACAUGGAAACCGGCUGCAGAUAUGACGUGUCAUUACGAUAUUAUAUGUUUUUCCCCGGAAAGUGAGGAUUAUGAUUUGCAUCCUUUGGAAAUUCGCAAUCCACGCCAACUCUACAAACAUCAAUUAGAAAAUUUAACAUUUUCAUCGGUGUAUAAGGUGGGCAUUAGGGCCAGUAAUACGAAGAACAUGAGAGAAAGUGGAUUAUUUUGGAAAACUUUUUCUGUACCAUCCUGUGUCGUAUGGCAUAAUUACAAUUUCAAUAUUUGCGCACCUGAAGCACCUCAAAAUUUACAGGUAGACCAAAUUGCUUUGGAUGAACAUAUUUAUUCAUUGAACGUUAGUUGGCUAUUGCCCACACAUUUGCCAGACAAUUAUACGCUUCGUAUACAGGAUUUAUCACUACAAGGAAAAACAACUGUUUAUGAACUUUCCAAGGAUAUUCACAACAUUUUUAUACCGCAAAUAACUUUCUAUGGUGUUUUUUAUGAAGUGAGCCUGUCAGCAUACACGAGAGGAGGAUAUACGACGUCAUCUCUAACGGAUGUAAUAAAAACAGUUGUACAUAUACCGGAAAAAAAUCCCUUUGUGAAAUUGAUUGCGGUCAUAUUAGCACCCAUCUUUUGUGUUGCAAUUUUAUCUCUAACUAUAUUCAUUAUUUACCAUCGCAGAGCAAAACUGAAACGUUACCAGAAGAGAUGUAAAUAUUUUGAGGAACUUGAAAAGAAGGCCCCCAUCGAUCCCAAUAACACUUUUGAUUUUGCGGAAAAUCUUAAGUCAAAUCCCAACGGCUUAAUAUGCCAAGCAGAAGCACCAGAAAACAUGCUGUUCGAUGAUGACAUGGAAAUUGAUCGCAAUGAUUUAAUUCUUUAUCAAGUAUUGGGUGAAGGUGCCUUUGGUUUGGUGAAACUUGGUUUAUAUAAAGACAAUAAAGUGGGCACCACACAAGAAGUGGCAGUUAAAAUGCUAAAAGAUCAUCCGUCUGCUGAUGACAUAUAUGCCUUUCGUCGUGAGAUUGAAGUUAUGAAAUCUGUUGAAAAGCAUCCCAACAUUGUGGGUAUAAUUGGCCAUUGUACACGUUUCAGCAAUGAUAUGAUGUUGGUUACAGAAUACUGUAGUUUCGGCAAUCUGUUGAAUUUUUUAAGGGAUGAAUGGCAUUUUUUGCAUGAAUUACAAAUAAAAAGACAAAAUUUAAGUGAAAAAAUCGCUUAUAUUGAAUUAAAUCAAGGGGAUACCAGCAGUCAGGAGUCCUCACCACAAAUGCCCUCACGAUACAGUAUCAAUAAUUCGACAGAGUCUGUGGAUGGGCAUAGUCCUAUAUAUAAACAGCAACUUGAUGAUAUAGACCGUGUAAAUGAUUUGAGAAGUGAUAGUGAGGAUAAUGAUGAUGAUGAUGAUAUUAUUGAACGUUUUAAGACCAAAUACAAUGAAAUAAAUGCGGUCUCAUCAACCACAAGUGGAAUUAAUAAAUAUAAUGACAAUGAUACUAGUGAACACAAAUCGAUGUUUCAACGUGUUGAAGAUUUAAAUGAAACAGACAUGGAAGUACCCACAACCACAAAUACCAACUCCUCCUCCUUACCGCCUGCAACAGAGAAUAAAUCUUAUGGUUACCAUGGUUUUUGCACAAACUCUUGCAAAUGCAAUGUCGAUGUGAUUAUUACAAAUAUUAAUUCGACAGAUACAGAUAAACAAAACGAAAAACUAGAUAGAAUAUUAGCUCAGCAGCAGCAGCAGCAAGAUAUAAAACUUUUAAGGACAAAUUGCAGUGACACAACAAUUGACAUAAAAAACUGCGACUGCAAAUCGAAAGAUCAAAAUCAUGACAACUUUAAAAAAUUAAAUGGUGCUGUUGAGAAUAAGUCAUAUUUUUCAAUCUUCAAAUCGAGCAAACCUCAAGAAAAAGCUGCAUCACACAAAAUCAAAACUAAAACAAAACUUAAAGCACCAAAGCCUCCUAAAACUCUACCAAAUGGAAGUGAUGACAAUAAGGUGGUCGAAGUAAAUCAUUUCAGUCGUGUGCCGCUAUCAUGCGGAGAUUUACUUAAUAUUGCUCGGCAGGUGGCUGUUGGCAUGGAAUUCUUGUCAAAGAACAAGGUUGUCCAUCGCGAUUUAGCAGCCCGUAAUGUCCUAGUGGCCCCCGACAGAACUGUUAAAAUAGCUGAUUUUGGUUUAAGCCGUGACGUAUACCAGGAAAACAUGUAUAAGAAAACGGGCAGUGGAAAAUUACCUAUUAAAUGGUUAGCCUUAGAAUCAAUGACACAUCAAGUUUACACUACCCAAAGUGAUGUGUGGUCGUAUGGCAUUUUGUUAUAUGAAAUUAUAACACUGGGCGCAACACCUUAUCCUUCAAUAUCCACAAAUCGUUUAUUGCAUCUGUUGAAAAGUGGUUAUCGCAUGGAGAAACCAAAAGGUUGCAGCGAAGAAUUUUAUGAUUUAAUGUAUUCCUGUUGGAAUGCCGAACCCAUUGAGAGGCCAACAUUUAAUGGCAUCAUAGAGAAAUUGGAUGAGAUGCUGCAUUUUCUCGAGGACUCAAGAGAUGCUCCAACAAUUUAUUCCGAAGUGGAUAAAGAUUUAAGUAUCAAACAAGAGAGCAUACAAAAUGUCUCCAGUGAUGAAUCGUAUUUAAAACCUCUGUAAAUAUAGUUAGUUUAAUGAUAAAGUCUAAUACUAUUUAUGUAUGUAUGUUUAAAUGCAUUUUAAUUGAAAAUUUAUCUUAAUUUUAGAACAAUACUAUAUGAGUGUAUGUAUGUAAAUUUUAAUUAUGUAAGUUUAUAAAACGAAAACAAAAUUGUUAAAAAAAAAAGUAUCUAAAUCAUUGAAAUGUUUAAUUUAAAUUAUCUGUUAAGUAUUUUGUAUGUAUUUAAUAAAUAUUUUUAAUUUAGAUUUAAGGAAAUUGUUUUAAAUGUGUUUUUUUAUAAAUGUUAUACAUACUGUACCUAUAGAUAUUUUUAUGCAUAAAUAUGUUAUUAUUAUAUAAAUACAUAUUUACUUAGUAUAAGAGCGAAGCAACGAAGUUCUUUGUUUUUUUUUAAAAAAAAAUUAAAUGACAAAUGAAGAGAUUAAGUUUUGAAAAAAUCUUUUAGUUUCAUUAUUUUAAACAUAUGCAACAAUAAAAAGAAGUGAAAGUGGUAAUAAUUUCUGAAGACUGUA